CGAGAGAAUUCAGUUGCGAAAAGUUGAAGUCCUCCACGACUGACGAACUCGACUCCCCCAGCAGCAGCCUGACCACCGCAACGGCAUACCCAACCACACCGUCGCGUCUUCACGUGAGAAUCGAGUCCCGUCAAUCCGCAAUUAUGGCCGAAGUUCAGAAGGAUGCGCCGAUCAAGUCGGUCCAGGUCGAGGCCCUUGUGGUCAUGAAGAUCGUGAAGCACUGCUCGACCAGCUUCCCUACCGUUGCCACCGGCUCCAUUGUUGGUAUGGACAACAACGGUGCUAUCGAGGUCACCAACUCGUUCCAGUUCCCCUCCGUCGACGUCUCCAGCAGCGACAGCCACAGCGAUGCCUCAUCCCUCGCCGCCGCCGCUCCCCGCGCCAAGGCCAACAUUGUCUACCAGAACGAGAUGAUCAGGCACCUCAAAGAGGUCAACGUCGACGCUAACAACGUCGGCUGGUACACCAGCGCCACCAUGGGCAACUUCAUCAACAUGAGCUUCAUUGAGAAUCAGUACCACUACCAGAAGGAGAACGAGAAGACCGUCGCCCUCGUUCACGAUGUCAGCAGGAGCUCCCAGGGCGCCCUCAGCCUUCGCGCCUUCAAGCUCUCCCCCGAGUUCAUGACUGCCUACAAGGAGGCCAAGUUCACCACCGAGAGUCUUCGCAACUCCAAGCUCACCUACAAGGACAUCUUCGUCGAGCUCCCUGUCAACGUCCACAACUCUCACCUCCUUACCUCCUUCCUCCACCAAAUACCCGCUCCCCCCAAGAGCGCCGAGAUCCCUAUGCCCGCCUCUCUCGACGACAUCCGCCGCGAUCCCGUCCAGAUCCCCGCCCACCCUGGCUUCGAGUCUCUCGACCUCUCCAUCGACCCCUUCCUCGAGAAGACCUGCGACCUGCUCCUCGACAGCAUCGAGUCGCACUACACCGACCUCAACAACCACCAGUACUACCAGAGACAGCUCACUCGUGAGCAGUUCAAGAUUACCCAAUGGCAGGCGAAGCGCAAGGCUGAGAACGCCGCGCGUUUGGCGGCUAAGCAGUCGCCCCUUCCCGAGGAUGAGUGGCAGAGGCUGUUCAAGCUCCCCCAGGAGCCCAGCAGACUCGAGGGUAUGCUCAACGCCCGCCAGGUCGACCAGUACGCAAGGCAAGUGGAUGCCUUUACGGCCAACAUCACGGCCAAGAUGUUCGCCGUUCGCGGCAACCUUCUCCCGGAGUAAAGGGGAUACCAGGGGUUGUGGUGGUGUUUUUUGAUGGGACGAUAGAGGACGGUGGCCACGAUAUCUCAGCCGCAUUUGGUUUUGGCGUUCCGGGUUGUCGGCGUGUUAUUUACCUUGCAAGGUCUAGGGCAGGGUCGGCCAUGCAUCCUACGUAAAGCGGGACGGGAGGGAGAGGUACAAUCACAUCCAGUAUCUUGUGGUGGCCUUGCUGAUCUGACGUGGGGGGAGGCAUUGAGGCACUAGAGAAAACAAACGGGAUGCGUCCAAAAAGGCGACGAGGGACGCGUUGGAUGAAUUAUCAGACAUGAGAUCCCCGUCAAUCAAGCGAUAAGCCGUUAUCUUCUACUAUGUUUAAGGGGCCAGCCUUUUUUUCAGCUUUCCGUAUAUGUAAUGAAUUGCCUAUAAUCAUAGAGAGAUGCCACGGCCCGGGAUGGGAGGGGUUUGGAGAAAGUCCGAAACUGAAUUGUUAUAAAAUGGGUCUCC